AUGGGCAUAUUGAACCUCCCACAACUGCGGUAUCGCAGCCCCUGGGUCCAAAACAUAAUUAGCGGCAUCUGUGUCGGCGCAUCAGCAGGCAUGUAUAUCGCGUUGAACCUAUUGGGUGCCGGCGGUGGGAAGCCUGACUCGGCCCAGGUUGUCCAGGUCGUUAACGCCACUCUUUGUUCUGUCUGGUUCUUCUCGUCCUCAUUCGGCGGAAGCAUCCUCAACAAACUCGGACCGGGAAUCACAAUGUGCAUCGGUGUGCAGACGUACGUCGUGUACGUUGGCUCGCUCUGGUACUAUGACGAGACAGGCCGGAAGGGCUACCCAUACGCAGCGGGGCCGAUUAUUGGCAUCGGUGCCGGUAUGGUGUUCAUAACGGCUGGCUAUGUUUCGACUGCGUACCCCGAAGAACGGGAAAAGGGCUCCUUCGCUACUAUGCUGAUGAACAUGCAGGCGCUUGGGUCUGUCAUUGGCGGUAUUAUACCGGUCAUUAUCAACAGGAACUCCACCACAGUCGCGGGCGUACCUCGAUCAGUAUAUAUCGCUUUCAUUGUAAUCAUGAUUCUCGGUGGGCUUUGUGGCCUGCUUCUGCUUCGUCCGCAGGAGUUGAGGCGAGAUGAUGGCUCUGUGGUUGCUGUUCAUCCUGCUCGAGGGGCUUGGGAAGAACUGAAGUCAAAUCUGAUGAUCUUCACGGAUCCGGUACUUUUGAUGAUGGUGCCUGCUUUCUUUCCAGCAGAAGGCUUUCUGGUUUACAGUGGCUCGGUGAACGCCCAUUUGAACAACCUGAGAACUCGCUCAUUACUAUCUUUUGUUUCCGUUUGUCUUCAGAUUCCCGCUGGAUGGGCACUGCGGUGGAUCCUAGACCAGGAGACCUGGGACCGUCGGAAGCGCGGGCUCAUUGGUCUGACAGCUGUUUCUAUUCCUCUCGUGGCGGCCUGGGUGUGGGAAAUGAUCCGUACUCGUAAUUACGACAGAAGCUCGCUGCCCACGGAUCCUACGGAUUGGGACGAGCCCAGGUUCGGCUGGAUAUUCAUCCUAUUUAUGCUCAAUUGGGUAUUUUCUCAACUCUGGCACAAUAUCGUAUACUACUGGAUCGGCGCAAUCACCAACUCCCCGCAAAAGCUCACACAUUACGUUGGCGUAUUUCGUGGGGUUCUGGGUGCUGGAGAGGCUAUCUGCUUUGGCCUAGAUUCCAUAAAAAUCCCAUUUAUUGCUGAGGCAGGCGGUAUCCUAUUGUUCUACCUCAUCGGCAUAUGUAGCUUUUACUACCUCGGUGUCUAUCAUAUCAAGGAUACUAAUUAUGACCAUCGAGAGGAGGGCGCGGUGGUUCCCAACCACAUUUUGGAAGGAAUGCAUGUUAGAGAUAGUCCAGUGGAUCAGGUGACGCCAGGUGCAAGUGUGAGCGAGGAAAAUACGACUGGAGAAAAAAAGGAGUAG